AUGGGGAGAAGCACCGAGCCCCCCUCAGCUCCACUGAGCACACCGUUUGCGCCAGCCGCAGGCCUGGAGCGAGACAAAGUGAUGCUCAGUUCGUUUCCUACCCGGCUUCCUCAGGAUGUUUUAGAAAAUAAUUAUGAGAGCUUACGUGUACUAAAUGUUGAAAGAAAUGGAAAUAUUAUUUAUACCUAUAAGGGGGAUAAGGGAAAUAUCUUCUUUGGAUUAUAUGAUUGCCAAACCAGACAAAAUGAGCAUCUGUAUACCUUUGAGAAAGACUUGCAGGUUGUCAGUUGCUCUGUCAACAGUGAGAGAACUUUGCUUGCUGCAAGUUUAGUUCAAUCUACUAAGGAAGGAAGAAGGAAUGAGCUUCAACCAGGAUCAAAGUGCUUAACUUUGUUAGUUGAAAUCCACCCUGUUAACAAUGUGAAGGUUCUAAAAGCAGUGGAUAGCUAUAUUUGGGUGCAGUUCCUCUACCCAUAUGUUGAAAGCCGUCCUCUUCCAGAGAACCAUCUGUUACUGAUUUCAGAAGAGAAAUAUAUUGAGAAAUACCGUAUCCAAGUCACCCAAGAAGAUGGAAAUAGAGUGGUGAUUAAAAAUUUCAGCCAUCUCUCAAGAGACAGAAUAGCUGAGGAUUUUGUUUGGGCUCAGUGGGAUAUGUCAGAGCAGAGAUUAUACUACAUUGACCUGAAGAAAUCGAGGAGUAUCUUAAAAUGCAUCCAGUUUUAUGCUGAUGAGAGCUUUAACUUAAUGUUUGAAGCACUCUUGGACAUAUCAUUAAGUGACUCAGGAUUUAAACUUGUCAACUUUGGAUGUGAUUGUCAUCAAGACCAAGAGAAAUUAUCCAAACACCUGACUCUGUGUGUUUUUACCAACCAUACAGGAAGUUUGUGUGUUUGUUACAGCCCGAAGUGUGCUUCUCUGGAACAAAUUACAUAUUCAGUGCUUUACAUUCAUAAAGGACACAGCAAGACCUUCACUGCUGCUCUCGGGAGUGCUGGCUCAAACGUGACAAAAGGCAUUACUUUUCUUAACCUUGACUAUUAUGUGGCUGUUUACUUACCUGGUCAUUUCUUCCAUCUUCUUAACAUUCAACAUCCAGACAUGAUCUGCCACAGUCUGUUUCAGACAGGAAAUAAUGAAAUGAUUGAUAUGCUACCUCAUAGUCCUUUACAGUCACUGUCAGGGUGCCUGGUCCUGGAUUGUUGUUCUGGAAAGCUCUAUAGAGCACUCUUCAACCAGUCGUAUUUAUUACGGUUCCUAUGGAACACCCGCCUCGACUGUGAGAAGAUGGCGGCACUGCACUGUGUGUUGUCCUGUGGCCGAGGCCUACGGGUCCUGGAAGGCCAGAUUAUUCAAUGGGUUUCUGAGAAUGUCUCUGCCUGCCAUUCAUUUGACCUCAUUCAGGAAUUUAUAAUUGCUUCUUCAUAUUGGAGUGUAUAUCCAGAGACAAGUAAUGUGGACAAACUUUUGCCAUAUUCCUCAGUGCUCACUUGGAAUACAGAAAUUCCUGGAAUAACCCUUGUGACAGAAGACAUCGAGUUGCCUCUUAUGAAGGUGCACAGUUUUAAGGGCUACUGGGAAAAACUGAACUCCAACCUAGAAUAUGUUAAGUACACCAAGCCACACUUACACUAUAACAACAGCGUGGUCAGGAGAGAAUGGCACAACCUAAUCUCUGAAGAGAAAACAGGAAAAAGAAGAUCCACUGCAUAUGUGAGGAAUAUUCUUGAUGAUGCAAUAAAGGUGAUUUCUAACCUAGAAGCAAGGAAUUUGGAGCCAAGAUUAACACCCCUCUUGCAGGAGGAAGAUAACCACCAGAGGCUGCUGAUGGGGCUGAUGGUGUCUGAGCUACGAGACCAUCUUUUGAGACACCUACAGGGUGUAGAAAAGAAGAAAAUUGAACAGAUGGUUCUGGACUACGUUUCAAAACUGCUGGAUCUCAUUUGCCGCAUACUCGAAACCAUUUGGAGGAAACAUAAUCUUCAUUCCUCGAUUCUCCACUUCAAGGGGCAUGGCGGUGCUGCUGAAUUUGCGGUCUUUCACGUCAUGACCAGGAUUCUGGAAGCUGCUGACAGUUUGUUUUUACCUCUUCCUCCUGGUUUUCACACCCUGCACACCAUCCUUGGGGUUCACUGCCUCCCUUUGCACAACCUGCUGCAUUACAUCGAUAGUGGAUUGUUGCUUCUCACUGAAACAGCUGUCAUAAGGCUCAUGAAAGAUCUGGACAAUACAGAGAAAAAUGAAAAACUAAAAUUCAGCAUCAUUGGACGCCUUCCUCCGCUUAUUGGUCAGAAGAUCUGUAGACUUUGGGACCAUCCCGUGAGUUCUAACAUCAUUUCGCGCAACCAUGUGACACGGCUGCUACAGAACUAUAAGAAACAGCCUUGGAAUUCUAUGAUUGACAAGUCAUCAUUCAGAGUAGAAUUUCUACCUCUGAACUACUUCAUUGAAAUUCUGACAGACAUAGAAUCCUCUGAUCAAGCUCUGUAUGCUGUUCAAGGGCGUGACAACGUGGAUGCGGAAUUUGUAGAGGAAGCAGCUCUGAAACACACCACAAUGCUUCUAGGCUUAUAGAAGAGAAAAUGUAAUUGGAUCUGCUUCUAAUAUUUUAAUCUUGCUUGUUAACUUUACUCUUUUUGAGACUUCUUUAGCAAUAUUUAAAAUUGGUAACAAAAAUCUGAAUAUAUUGUUGAGCCAUCUGAAUUUCAGUUUGGUAUUUGUUCAGACAGAACUAAACUGCUGUACCUCAUUCCAAUUUUGAAUCACCAUUGAGCAGUCGAGUGUAGAGAAAUGAAUAGCCCAAGGAGGCAGACAAUGGCAUAAAUGAUGCUCCUCCUAGUGACUUGUCUUCCUACCUCUGGCUUAAUAUGCCAAGAGCUAGUUUCUGUUGCACUCUGACAUAAGCUUUAAAAAUGUAGGGAACAGUGGUUGGAAAGCAAAAAUUAGGUAUGUCAUUGAAAUAACAUAUAACAAGCAGAAAAAUGUUGCAUAAGAACACUACUUAGAAAGAGGCUAAUUUAAAAAAACUGAAUUUGGACUAAAUCAAAUCUGCCAUCUCCAGUACAGAAUAAUUUGUAA